GAUGACUUCACCGUUCUGCAUGGGUUUCCUUUAUGAUCGCGGGAUCUCCCACACACAUACACACACACACACAUACACACACACACAUACUCAGAGCUCCUCCUCCUUCCCGCUGGCGCACACCGCACCGAGCGGCAGCUCCGCUGCACUUACCUUCCGCGCGCACUCGGAGUCCCGUGCUGGUAACAGGCUGCCCUACUCCGUCUCGCGUCUCCGUUCGAGCCACUUCGUGGACAUCCGGAGAGGAGCGCGCGCGAGACCAAAGUCCCGUCAGCAGCGAGCAGAGCUCCGUGUCAUAAUGUCCGAGGUUCUUCCGUACGGCGAGGGGAAGAUGAGCAGCUACGGCGCGGGCGGCGACGUCAGCCAGAUGUCCUUCAGCUGCGGCUUGCAAGACACGAGCUCGUUUUUUGUGUCGUCGCAGGCUAAACGACCCCCCAAACUCGGCCAGAUAGGCAGAGCCAAGCGAGUGGUCAUCGAAGACGAACGGAUAGACGACGUCCUGAAGGGAAUGACCGACAAAUCGUCCCCGGGCGUCUAAACACGAACAGUGACUCGCAGACAUUUAAUCUUGAUCACCGAUUUGAAGCAGCGGUCGGCUGUGCAUGAAGGAGGGCGAGCCUGCACGGGCAACGGCGACGGAGGACACCUAGACAGAUGGCAAGAGCGUGAUUCAUUUCGGGGUUUUGCUGGUAAUUUUGCAAAAUGACAGCCGAUUAAAAGCGUUGCAGUCACCAAAGCGGCUGCUUCCCAUGGCUCGCGCAGGGACUGGGCAUGAUUUCACACCAUCUUCGCUGAGGACGAAGGGCGCAUGAGUGUAGUUGUACAGUAGCUAAGUUGCAAACACCGUAUCUAUGUCCUGUAGCCUAGAAACUUCUCAGCUCGCGGCGUUGCCUUCACGCGGAGCUGUCUCGUGCAAGUACCUAUCAAACGCAGAACACAUUUCAAAUGCUACACACACACACACAUAUUCCUUCUUUUCGUUUUAAGUGAUAACUGCUCAUGGUUUGGCCAUUCGCAGACGCAGAUCCCGCACGCUUCUUUCGCGCUGAGAUUGUUUAUGGUCUUGCUCGUUUUCGCGGUGAUGACGUAGGGUUGCGUAUUGACGAGCUGCGUCACCUGCGCGAUCGAGUCACAUAAUCAGUAUAACUAACGCACUGCAAACGCGUGUUGAACUUAAUCGAGUCAUUCGAUGCGAUUUGGUCUGUUUGGUUUGUUGAACGUUUUGAGGAAUGUUUCGACCCUGCACGAGUUUUUCACGUCCAUGCAGACGUCUACACCAUCCGGCCCGCCGCGAUUCUUUUUAACAAGCUCAUAUUUGUAUUUUUGUAUCUAAAUAUUUAUUUAAAAUACUAGCAUAUUGUCUUGCAGUUCAUCCACAAACACGUUUGUAUUCUGCGAAGGAAUUUCUGAAAGGCGCGAGAGGACGACACACCGGGACCCCGUUAUAUUCUCGUUUGAUAUUAGGCGCGAGAUUUGUGCCCUUUUCUUUAACGGGACAUACGGAAUGUGUUUCGUAUUUAUUAUUAUUAUUAUUAUUAUUACUGCUCACAUCUGUGUUAUAUUUCUAUUACUGAAAAAUCGUAUACUGUGACGAGCUUCGUUGAAGAAUUUGUUAGAAAAUGACGAUUUUAGACUCUUCUGCACUGUUUACGAGUAUAACAAAAUAUUUGAUGAAAUGUGAACAUUAUAACUUUUUUGUUUUAUUUUGUAUCUUUUCUUCGAAGAAAGAUUUGUUGUGCAUGAAACCUUAAUUAUUUAUAAAAUGGAGCGUCCUUUACGAAGCAAAAAACAAAAACACAAUUGUGAUGACAUUCUGAGAAUGAUUCAUUGUAUUAUGGCGCCAUUUCACUGUAGCCUACUUGGUGAAUUAAUAAAUGGUGGGAAAAGCACAUUAA